AACUUUAUUGAUCCCCAGGAGGAGAUUCAGAAACUACCCAGUGGUCUAUAAUGUAAUUAAACUGAGCUCCACCUUUACCAGCUGCAACAGUACAGCACUGUAACUGACACAUUAAUGUAACGUAAUAUAUAUUAUUAGUAUUUCUACUCUGUGGUUUUACUACUUCAAGUUAAAUCAAAUGAGUACUUCAUCCACCUCUUCUGAGGAUGAAGUAGAAUUAUAUAUACUUGUGUACACUUACAGUAAGUAAAUGACCCUUUAAUUAAUCAACUUUCUUUAAUUAGAAAUCACUGAAAAGUUUCUUUUAUUUUUCUUUAUUAGGGCUCUUUCCUUUGUGUUCAGCCUGUUCUGCUUGUUGUUUCUCACGUGAUAUUUUGUGAGCCCUUCAUUUUUUUAGCUGUUGUUAAACAGUGUGUGGCAGCUGUGGACCACAGUGUUGAAGCUGGGAGUGUCUGCAGGCGCUGACUGGUUUCCCCUCCUCUCCAAACCUUCCCAUUCAUUAAAGAAAGUUUAUAGCCUGCAGACAUACUCACUGGGGCAGCCGGCCGCUUCGCCUCCUGUCCUCAUCCUCGGAGAAUAACCAGACUAACACACCUGAAACCUUCAAUGGAGAGCAGCCAGAACCAGGAGGUGGAGGACAGCUCAUACCUGUGUUUUCAGAGGACUCCUUCUCUCAGACGCAAAUGGAGGAAACGUUAUGGCGGUCUGGACGGCAACAAGCUGCUGGAGCCCAAUAAAGAACCAGACAUGAAAGAGGAUGGAGGGAUGACAGACGAGAGCCGGCAGAGGAACGCUGAGAACCAGGAUGCAGCUCCCCGCCCAGCACCCAGGAGCCUGAUCCAGAACCAGAGUCUGGCCCAGAAGCCCAUCAACCUUGUCAGUCCUGGAUCUGCAGGUACAACUGGAGCUAGAGAUCCAGGAGUGGUCCCAGUGUCGGUCAGUAACGGCUGCCUGAAGCCUCCUCUUCCUCAGGCGGUGGUCCAGCCAGAGGACCGAGGUUUCUCCCCCUCCCAGCCCUGGUUCCCCCCCCAGCAGAGUCCAUCCAAACGCAGAGCAGCUGCUGAUGUGCUGUUUGACAGCUUCGCUUCAGAUGGAAAAAUUAAUGUCAACCAGUUCUUUGAGGCCAUCUGGAGCUCUGGACUGCACAGGUCUGACCCUCGACUCAGAGAGUGUUUCUUCCAUCUCAGAAAACUGCAGGACGCUGAGGGAUCAGUAGACAGAAACACCUUCCACAGGUGCGUCACAGGAUUUGUCUCCCUCAUUCUGAAAGCUCUGCAGGGCCGAUUCGUCAUUCCAGAUUUUUCUACCUUCACUGAAGAGACUCAGAAGUUGUUCUCCAGGUGUCGUCAGCUGUCGUCUGUGCAGGAGAAAGAAAAGGAGUGCAUGGACAGCACUAAAUGGGGAGUCUCCAUCUGCACUGUGGACGGACAGAGAUUGUCUUUGGGCGACUGGUCCGGCUCUCUGGUUCUGGGCGAGGGGUCAUGGCCGCUGGUUUAUGGCGUGGCGGUGGACCUGCUGGGCUCAGACCUCGUCCACAGAUACGUCGGCGUGGAGGAGUACUCGAGAUACGACUCUCCGUUCACACUCACUAAAACAGGUAUCCCUCACAGCCCGCUCACUGAGACAGGAGCCAUUGUUACUACAUCUUUGCUACAGCUGGCGGGGAGGCUGUGUGCUGAGGAAGAGGAGAAGUACGACUCAGUGCUGAACGUCAUCCGGAGACUCUGCAACAAAGAGCACGCCAACCUAAACUGCACCAGUUAUCAGAGCAGCAGGAAGGCCAGCGUCAGACUCCACGCUCUGUCCUUUUACCUGCAGGAGAAAAAGUGUUUUCCAGAGAAGGUGGACAUUAACGCAGCUUUGGACCUGAUGCUGCAGUGCUCCUCAACAGAGGUCACCUGUGAAUCCGGAGCAGCCAUGGCCGCCUCCUUAGCCAACGGGGGGCUCUGUCCGCUGUCAGGUGACCAGGUGUUGUCGCCGGCGGCCACGAGGAGUCUGCUGUCCAUGAUGCAGGUGGCGGGGAUGAAGGAUUACUCCACAACUUUCCGCUACAAGACGUCGGUCCCGGCGGUGUCCAGCAGCCACGGCUCCCUGCUCGCCGUGGUUCCCGGUGUUUUGGGUCUGAUGGCGUUUUCUCCCGAGUUAGAUGCCUGUGGAAACCCCUGGAGGGCCGUCCACUUCUGCCAGGAGCUGAUCUCCACGUUCCAGCUGCACAGUUUUGACAUCAGGACUCCGUUCAGGCAGAUUCUGGCCUACAGGCAGUGGAAGGCUGAGUCUGAGGGAUACCAGAUCAUGAACGUCCUGCUGGCAGCUUUUAAAGGAGACGUCCAGUCCCUGAGGAGGUACUUCCUGUCUGGAGUGGAUGUUAACGCUGUCGACUAUGACGGCCGCUCGGCUCUGCACGUGGCGGCCGCCGAGGGUCACACGGAGGUCAUCCGCUUCCUGCUGGAGAACGCCGGGGCAAACCCCGCCCUCAAGGACAGGUGGGGGAGCUCUCCUCUGCAGGAGGCCCGGAGGCACAACAAGGACUCUGCAGUUCAGCUGCUGCAGGGAGCCGUCUGAGAAAAUACACCCACAAUCUGAUCUGGGACCUGUUCAAGAUGAUUUACAGAGUCAUGUGGGUAACGAAAUUAAAACGAAAACCUCCUCAGAGCAAAUAUUUUGACAAUCAAAUAAUCAUGUUAAGGGAAACUGGGCCUUAUUUUUCUGAUUCUGGGUGUAAAAGAUUGGAACGUUAUGCUACCAGACUCCACUGAGAAAAACUGGAAUUUUACUGCACUGAACACAGGAGUUUCUGGAAUACCACUGCCUCCCUCUGUCAGUGUGUGUGUGUUACUGUGCAGUACUUUAACAUCAGUAAAGCAUCUGAACACUUUUUUCCAUCACUGAAAGUCACACAAUAACACAAACAAACUAACAGAUCCAAGCAGAAGUAGAUUAACACGUUUUAUACUCUGCUCGGUAAAAUUGCUGUUUUUGUCAGUGGAGUCUGGUAUUGAUAUAUCGUGAUGAUUCUGGUUAAACCAAAAGAAAUUACAAUCGACUCCACUCAGCAGGAGAUUUACUUUAGUCUCUGGUCUGAGAGCAGCUCUGAUAGAAACCCACAUUUUGUCCACAUGCUGACUCCCACAUGCAUUGAGAGAAUAAUUAAUAUUCUGUUCACAUUCACUUCUUUUCUGUUGAUGAGGAGAAAAAAACGCUGCUGUGGAAUCUGCUUCAGUGGCUUUAAUAAAGAAACUCUGUGACUCUG